AUGUUGCUAAACGAAGGAAUUCAUGUAAACAUGGACGACCUGCCGAAGAAGAAACGCGCAAGAGGAGGACACAGAUCGUAUGUAAACAAAUUAAUGGCAGGUCUCAGGGAGAAAAUCGGUGGUGUAUUUAUGGAAACUGGCAACAAACAGGUUAUUAGAGAGCUUCAACAAUUGAAAAUAACAUUAAUGAAAGGAAAGAUACUUUGGGGCAAAUUGACGAACAUAUACUCGAUUUACUUUGUGGGAACAAAGACGUAUCUGAUGAGGAAAUCUCGGCAGAAACCGAUGAUGCUGGGAGAUUCAACGCUAAAAUGUUAG